AUGCAAGUAAAAAGAUAUAAACCAAUAACACCAUCAUUAAGACAUAAAAUAUUAGCUAAUACUAUUAGAUCUCAAUUCAAAAAUGAUAAAAAUCCAUUUUCUUCUAAAAAAGAGGGUUGAUUUAAAUAUUUAAAAUAUAACAAAUUAUCAGCUCAAGCUAAAGGAGGAAGAAAUAAUCAAGGUAAAAUUACAGUAAGAUGUCGAGGAGGAGGACAUAAAAGAAGAUUAAGAUUAAUUGACAGAUCUAGAGAAUUAGGUAUAUAUACUAAAAGUGAAAUUAUAGAUAUUCAAUAUAAUCCUAAUAUAUCAAGUAAUAUUGCUUUAUUAUCUACUUUAAAUACUCCUUCAAUUAAAUUUUAUAUAUUAGCAUCUAAUACUAUGAAAAUAGGUGAUAUUAUUGAAGGUUAUAAAUAUAAUGAUAUUGAAAAAUUAAAUAAUGUUAAUUUAAAUAAUAAUGAAAUUAAUAAUAAUAAAAUAGAAAGUAAUUAUUUGUAUAAUUUACCUAUAGGUACUAAUAUUUACAAUAUUACUUCAUUAUCAAAUAAAAAUAUAUUAAAUGAAAAAAGUUUAAAUAAUAUUAAAUUAAAUACAAAACAAACUUAUUUAUCAGAAAAAAAUUUAAAAAAUAAAUUAAAAAAUAGUUAUUUAACAAAUCAUUUAAAUAAAAAUAAUGGAGUAUAUAGUAGAGCAGCAGGUACUUUUAGUAUUUUACUUAAAAAUAUUGAGGAAAAUAAUGAAUUAAGAAGUAUUGUUAGAUUACCCUCUAAAAAAAUAAUAAAUAUACCUUCAAAUAAUAUAGCUUCUAUAGGGAAAGUUUCAAAUGAACUUCAUAAAUAUGAAAUUAAAGGUAAAGCUGGAACUAAUCGAUUAUUAAAUAAUAGACCAAAAGUUAGAGGUAAAGCUCAAAAUCCUGUAGAUCAUCCAAUGGGUGGUAAAACUUCAGGUAGUGGAGGUUUAGGUAAACCUAAGAAAACAGCUUGAGGUAAAUUAGCUAAAUGACAAAAAAAAAAAUAA